CACAAGGUUUGUAUUAUAUCAGCUGAAGAAUUUUCUCCAGAAUAUGUGGAUCCCAAAGUACAGUGCAUAGCUGCUUACGGAAGUACCAGUGAUGGACGUGCAACGUGCAUUCCCUCCGUGUACGAAACUCCACCAGCAGCUUUGGUUUUGAAUGCAUUCAAGGAUGGGAAAUUUUCCGAACUGUGGAGAAAUACACUCAGUGAUCCACUGAGUGCCCUUUUACCUUCUGACUCAGUUAAUGGAAUCACCUUGACACCGUUACAGAACCAGAUCACCUUGAGUGGCAGAGUGCCCCAGUUGGGCAGAUACGUAUUUGUGGUACAUUUUUAUCAGCCAGCACACCUGAUGUUCCCUGUACAAGUGCAUGUGGAUGCAGGAAGUGUGUGGUCAGGUUCCUUCAAUGCUUCAUUCUGCCCUCAUACCUCUGGCUGUCGGGAUCAGGUGAUUGCAGAAAACCAAAUUGAGCUUGACAUUUCUGAACCUGAGAUCUCUGUUACGGUGAUGAUACCUGAUGGAAAAAUGCUGGUUCUGGAAAAUGUCCUAGUUGUUCCAGCAGACACCUACAGUUACAGAAUUCUUGACAAAAAGACAGUGGACAAGUCGUUUGAUUUUAUCAGCCAAUGCGGAGGAAACAGUUUUUAUACUGACCCAGAAAGAUCAUCGACCUUCUGCAAGGACUCUGUGAAGUCACUGGUGGCUUUCUACAACAAUGGAGCCCUGCCAUGUAAUUGCCACAGUGCAGGUGCCACGAGCCCUGCUUGCAGCCCCCUGGGAGGACAGUGUAUUUGCAGGCCUCAUGUCAUCGGUCGUCAAUGCAGCCGAUGCCAAACUGGCUACUAUGGAUUCCCAUUCUGCAAGUUAUGCAACUGCAGGCAGCAUCUUUGUGAUGAAGUGACUGGUAAAUGCAUUUGCCCUCCACACACUGUGAAACCAAAAUGUGAAGUGUGUGAGAAACAUUACUUCAGCUAUCACCCUCUUGCUGGCUGUCAGAGCUGCAACUGUUCAGAAAGAGGAAUCACUAAUGCGGCAAGCCCAGGAUGUGAAAAAAACAAUGGGCAAUGCAAAUGCAAACCAGGAAUAACAGGACGGCAGUGUGAUCAGUGUGCUCCUGGUACUUACGGUUUCCCAAACUGUGUGCCAUGCAACUGCAACAGGCACGGAACAGAACCAGAUGUUUGCGAUCCCCAGACAGGAAUUUGUCUCUGCAAGGAGAAUGUUGAAGGUGCAGAAUGUGAUACUUGCCGAUCAGGAUCCUUUUACCUGGACCCUUCUAAUCCCAAGGGAUGCACCUCUUGCUUUUGUUUUGGGGCAACCAGUGACUGUCGCAGCACAAAUCGUCGUAGAACCAAGUUUGUGGACAUGAAGAACUGGCGCUUGGAGGCAGUGGAUGAAAAUAUUGACAUUCCAGUCACUUUCAAUCCAGUCAGUAGUAGUGUAGUGGCUGAUGUUCAAGAGUUGCCUACUUCAGUGCAUAGUUUGUACUGGAAAGCACCACCAUCUUACCUGAGAGAGAAGCUUUCUUCAUAUGGUGGCUUCCUAAGUUACCAACUGAAAUCUUUUGGCUUACCUAGUGAGGGCAUGGUUCUUCUGGAUAAGAGACCUGAUAUACAACUAACAGGCCAGCAAAUGAAAGUCAUUUACAUGGAUCCCAACAACCCACUGCCUGACCGUCAAUAUUAUGGCCGUGUGCAGUUAGUUGAGGGAAACUUCAGGCAUGCCAGCAGCAACAACCCUGUAUCCAGAGAAGAACUGAUGAUAAUCCUGUCUAGACUAGAUGGCUUACACAUCAGAGGCCUUUACUUCACGGAGACUCAACGCUUAACCCUUGGUGAGGUUGGGCUGGAGGAAGCCACCAGCGCAGGAAGUGGCAGCAUUGCACACAAUGUAGAGGAGUGCUCGUGCCCUCCCGAGUAUGCCGGUGACUCAUGUCAGGAAUGUGGCCUUGGAUUUUACCGUGAGACUAAUGGAUUAUUUACUGGACGCUGUGUCCCCUGCAGCUGCAAUGGAAAUUCAAAUAGGUGUCAAGAUGGUACUGGAAAAUGUAUUAACUGUCAGUAUAAUACUGCUGGGGAGAAAUGCGAGCACUGUAAAGACGGUUAUUUUGGAGAUGCCACUCAAGGUUCCUGUCGUGUGUGUCCUUGCCCUUAUACAAACAGAUUUGCAACUGGCUGUGUGGCAAAUGGUGAAGAAAUUCAGUGUCUCUGCAAAGAGGGCUAUACUGGAGUUCGUUGUGAACGCUGUGCUCCAGGAUAUUUUGGAAAUCCACAGAAAUAUGGAGGCUACUGUCAGAAAUGUAACUGUAAUAAUAAUGGACAGCUGGCUAGCUGUGACCGCCUGACUGGAGAAUGUUUCAAUAAUGAACCAAAAGAUGUGGAUCCCAAUGAAGACUGCGACCCUUGCGAUAGCUGUGUAAUUACACUGCUGAAGGAUCUGAGCACAAUAAGUGACGAGCUUCAGCUGAUUAAGUCUCAGCUGCAAAAUGUCCAUGCGAGUACCCACACACUGGAGCAGAUGAGAAGUCUGGAAACACGCAUCAAGGACUUAAAGGUCUUACUGAACAAUUACCGUUCAGUUGUUCAUAAUCAGGGUUCAAAGGCAGAUGAGUUGGAGACAGAAUUGAUUAACCUAAAUCAUGAUGUAAAUGCUCUCCAGGAAAAGGCUGAAAUGAACUACAAAGCAGCUGAGAUAUUAUUUAAUAAUUUUGGCCAAACUCAUCAGAAAGGAAAGGAUUUGGUUUCACGAAUACAAAUAGUUGUCAACAGUAUACAAGCACUCUUGGAACAAAUAGGUGGUACAAAUGCAGAAGGUAACAACUUGCCCUUGGGAGAUGCUGCCGAAGCUCAACGCAUGAUGAUGGAGAUGCGAAAUCGCAACUUUGGCCACCUUCAAGAAGAGGCGGAGAAAGAGCGAAGAGAAGCUCAGCUAUUACUGGCACGUAUUAAGAAUGAACUACAAAAGUACCAACAAGAAAACCAUGGGCUUAUAAAAAUUGUGAGGGAGUCUUUGAAUGAAUAUGAAUCCAAAAUCACUGACCUCCGUGAAGCUCUGAAUGAGGCAAUGGGACAAAUCAAGCAGGCUAAAAACUUGAACAGCGAUAAUGGAGUUCUGCUGGAAGACAUUAAGAAACGGAUUCAGGAGACAAAUGUACAACAGAAUGGUAUCUUGGAUAUUCUGAGCUCUGCCCGAUCGUCCCUGACGCAAGCUAACAGUGUACUUGGAUUAAUGCAAAAGAGCAAAGAGGAAUAUGAAAGCCUGGCUGCUCAGCUGGAUGGAGCAAGGAAGGAUAUGAAUGAAAAGCUGGCAAAUCACUCCUUAUCAGCAAGUAAAGAACCGUUGGUGGUGAGGGCUGAGGAACAUGCCAAAUCUUUGCAAGACUUGGCAAAACAACUAGAAGAAAUAAAGAACAAUGCCAGGAAGGACGAGUUGGUAGGCUGUGCUGUGGAAGCUUCUACUGCCUAUGACAAUAUUAUUAAUGCCAUCAAAGCAGCAGAGGAAGCAGCCAACAAAGCUGGGAAUGCAGCAGACUCAGCUUUAUCGAUUGUGAAGAGAGAAGACCUAUCUGGAAAAGCUGCAAAGUUAAAAACCGAGAGCAGUACACUCUUGAAUCAAGCACAGGAGACGGAAAGGACAUUGCAAGCUAUUGGUCCAACCCUUGAUGACAUGAAGCAAAGACUUGAUGUCGCUGAUGGAAAGAAGAAUACACUGCAAAUUGAUCUUGUCACUCUUCAAAAUAAUCUCAAUGGGAUAAACAGAGAUGACAUCGAUAGCAUCAUCAGCAGUGCAAAGAACAUGGUAAAAAGUGCUGAGGAUGUCACAACUAACGUACUGGAUGAACUACUCCCAAUUCAAGAAGAUGUGGAAAAAAUGAAGAGUACCUAUGGAAGCACACAGACUGCUGGCUUCAGUAAAGCAUUGGCAGAGGCAAACAAUUCAG